UCCCGCAUCCCCGCCGGGCGGUGAGGGGCGUGCGGCUCGGCUCAGCUCAGCUCGGCUCGGCUCGGCUCGGCUCGGCUCGGCUCGGCUCGGCUCGGCUCGGCUCGGCUCGGCUCGGCUGGACGAGACGCGGCUGCCGUCGGGCAGAGGGUUCUCUCGGUGCCCCGCAGCCCCGGCGGCCGCGGGAUGGAGCUCGGCGCGGCGCGGCUGCUGGCGGUCCUGCUGUGCCUGGCUCCCGGUUUAUUUAUUUCUCUGGAUCAGCCAACCCUUAGCAUCCAAAAAGAUGUCCUCACAAUAAUGGCAAACAACACACUAAAUAUUACUUGCAGCGGUCAGAGACCACUGGAGUGGUCGUGGCCAAGCAAGCAGAGCAAUGCUGAGCGGCGUAUCUCCGUGACAGACUGCAGUGAUGGCCCCUACUGCAAGACACUUACUCUAAGCAAAGUCAUUGGCAAUGACACAGGGGACUACAAGUGCCUUUACAGGGACAACCAGGCAGCUACAACCAUUUAUGUUUAUAUUCAAGAUUACAGAUCACCAUUUGUGACUUCAGUUAGUGAUCAGCUUGGCAUUGUAUACAUCACUAAGAACAAAACUGUGGUAGUGCCGUGCCUUGGAACCGUAUCAAAUCUCAAUGUAUCUCUACAUGCGAAAUAUCCAGAAAAGAUAUUUGUUCCUGAUGGUAAAUCCAUUUCAUGGAAUAAUAAAAAAGGCUUCACUAUACCCAGUCAUUUGAUCAACUACGCAGGCAUGGUCUUCUGCGAAGCUAAAAUAGAUGAUGAAAGCUACCAGUCUGUGAUAUACAUAGUUGCAGUUGUAGGGUACCGAAUUUAUGACCUGACAAUGAACCCGCAUGAUGAAGUAGAGCUGGCAGUGGGAGAAAAACUUGUUCUCAAUUGCACUGUAAGGACAGAGCUGAAUGUGGGAAUCGAUUUUAAAUGGGACUACCCUUCCAUCAAGGAAAAACGUGCCACCAUUAGGGAUGUAAAAACCACUGCAGGAGAAAUAAAGAAGUUUGUGAGCACUCUUACCAUUGAGAGUGUGUCCUUAAGUGACAAAGGUCGAUAUACUUGUGCAGCAUCCAGUGGUCGUAUGAACAUGAAAAACAGCAGUUACUUCAUUAUACACGAAAGUCCUUUUAUUCACCUGGAGAAAAUGGAGAAUGUCGUUGAGACAAAGCUAGGUGACACAGUCAAAAUUCCUGUCAAGUUUAAAGGAUAUCCUCCACCAGAGGCUAAAUGGUGUAAAAAUGGAAAAGCCAUCAACGCAAAUCAUACAGUUAAACUUGGCUAUGCAUUAGUGAUCACUGAAGCAACUGAAAAGGAUGCAGGGAAUUACACGGUUGUCCUUACAAACCCUAUUAACAAGAUGCAGAAAAGACAUACAUUUACCCUGCUGGUAAAUGUGCCCCCCCAGAUUGGUGAGAACGCACUGAUGGCCCCUGUGGACUCCUACAAGUACGGCUCGACACAAGCGCUCACCUGCACUGUCUACGCCAUCCCACCACCCACCACUGUGCUCUGGCAGUGGCAGCUGGAGGAGGAGUGCACAUUCAGCCCCCAGAAAGUUCGCUCAGGAGCCAAUCCGUACGGAUGCAAGAAAUGGAAAGGGAUCUCAGAGAGAAAGGGUGGGAAUCAGGUUGAAAUUAAGCACCGGGUUGUUACUAUUGCUGGGAAGACAAAGACUGUGAGCACCCUCGUGAUUCAAGCAGCAAAUGUGUCUGCUUUGUACAGAUGUGUGGCUAUGAACAGGGCUGGGUCAAGUGAGAGAGUGAUCUCCUUCCAUGUGACAAGGGGACUUGAAAUUAAUGUCCAGCCUCAGAAUCAAGUGACAGAGAAGGAUAACAUGUCCUUGCGAUGCACAGCAGACAAGUUCACCUUUGAGAAGCUGUCAUGGUACAAGCUCAGCGCUCACGUUUCGCAGACUCCCUUUGGAGGGCUGCCCAUGCCUGUUUGCAAGAAUCUCAAUGCUCUCCAGAAACUGAAUGAGACAGUUUCAAAUACUAAUGGUGAAAAUGUCACCUUAGAGCUCAUCCUUCGUAACAUCUCCCUCCAAGAUGCAGGGGGCUAUGUUUGCAUUGCUCAGGACAAAAAGGCUAAAACACAGCACUGCCUGGUGAAGCACCUUACUGUUCAAGAGCCCAUGGCACCCACGCUUGUUGGAAACCUGGAAAAUCAAACAACAAACAUUGGUGAAACUAUAGAAGUAUCAUGUGCAGUGAAUGGCAUUCCUCGCCCAAGCAUCACAUGGUUUAAAAAUAAUGAGACCCUUGUGGAAGAUUCAGGUAUUGUUUUGAAAGAUGGGAACAAAACACUUACCAUCCGUCGAGUGAGGAAAGAAGAUGGAGGGCUAUACACCUGCCUUGCAUGCAAUGUCCUCGGAUGCAGUAAAGCAGUGGCUUUUUUUUCAGUGGAAGGCGCUGAAGAGAAAACAAAUCUGGAGCUCAUUAUCCUCGUUGGCACUGCAGUGAUUGCCAUGUUCUUCUGGUUGCUUCUUGUAAUCAUCCUCCGGACCGUUAAGCGGGCCAACGGAGGGGACAUGAAGACUGGCUACUUGUCAAUCAUCAUGGAUCCUGAUGAAGUCCCCAUAGAUGAGCACUGUGAGCGGCUCCCAUAUGAUGCCAGCAAGUGGGAGUUUCCCAGAGACCGGCUAAAGCUAGGUAAACCUCUUGGACGUGGAGCUUUUGGCCAGGUCAUAGAAGCAGAUGCGUUUGGGAUUGACAAAACUGCUACCUGCAAAACAGUGGCAGUCAAAAUGCUUAAAGAAGGGGCAACCCACAGUGAGCACAGAGCACUCAUGUCAGAGCUGAAGAUACUCAUUCAUAUUGGCCAUCAUCUCAAUGUUGUCAAUUUACUUGGAGCCUGCACAAAGCCAGGAGGCCCACUCAUGGUGAUUGUGGAAUAUUGCAAGUUCGGAAAUCUGUCUGCUUACCUACGGAGCAAGAGGAGUGAAUUUAUCCCGUACAAGACCAAAUGUGCCAGAUUUCGGCAGGGGAAAGAGAACUAUAUUGGCGAUGUCUCUUCUGACCUGAAGCGACGGUUGGACAGCAUCACGAGCAGCCAGAGCUCAGCAAGCUCUGGCUUUGUGGAGGAGCGGUCCCUGAGUGAUGUGGAAGAGGAGGAUGCUGGUCCUGAAGACCUUUGCAAGAACCCUUUGACCAUGGAGGACCUCAUCUGUUACAGCUUCCAGGUGGCGAGGGGAAUGGAGUUCUUGGCUUCACGCAAAUGCAUCCACAGAGACCUGGCUGCUCGUAAUAUCCUCUUGUCAGACAAUAACGUGGUCAAAAUCUGUGAUUUUGGCUUGGCUCGAGACAUCUACAAAGACCCAGAUUACGUCAGGAAAGGAGAUGCCAGACUACCCCUUAAAUGGAUGGCACCAGAAACCAUUUUUGAUAGAGUGUAUACCAUUCAGAGUGAUGUAUGGUCCUUUGGAGUUCUGCUGUGGGAAAUAUUUUCAUUAGGCGCAUCACCAUACCCUGGAGUGAAAAUUGAUGAGGAAUUUUGCAGAAGACUGAAAGAAGGAACGAGAAUGAGAGCACCAGACUAUACAACACCAGAAAUGUACCAAACAAUGUUGGAUUGCUGGCAUGGAGAUCCUAAGCAGAGACCAACUUUUUCAGAGCUGGUGGAGCACCUGGGGAAUUUACUGCAAGCCAACGUCCGUCAGGAUGGUAAAGACUACGUUGUCCUUCCUUUGUCAGUAUCACUGAAUAUGGAAGAGGAUUCGGGUCUCUCUCUCCCAACUUCACCUGCUUCCUGUAGGGAGGAAGAGGAAGUCUGUGAUCCUAAAUUCCAUUAUGACAACACAGCAGGAAUUAGUCAGUGCCGACAAGGUAGCAAGAGAAAAAGCCGCCCUGCGAGUGUGAAAACAUUUGAAGAUGUCCCAUUGGUUACCACUGUAAAAGUUGUUCAGGAGGAAAACCAGACAGAUAGUGGGAUGGUUCUUGCAUCUGAAGAGCUGAAGGCAUUGGAAGAAAAUGAAAAACAAGUGAAAAUACCCUUUAGCACACUGGUGCCCAGCAAGAGUAAUGAAUCCGUCAUGUCCGAAGCCUCCAACCAGACAAGUGGGUACCAGUCGGGAUACCACUCGGAUGACAUGGACACCACCGUCUACUCCAGCGAGGAAACUGAACUCUUGUGUGCCCAGGAGGCUUCACCCCCGCUCUGCCGCGCUCAUGGGCUCCCCUACGAGAGCCCUGCGCAGCUCUAGGGUGAAGCUGGCAGCUCCAGCUCCCCCUGGCAUGUGCCUUCAUUGCCUGGGCUGGUGGUAUUCAGGUCUGAUGUAUUGAAAAAUGGCAUCCAUGGGACUAAGGAAAGACAUUUAUUUUUCCUGAAGAUGAUGCGGAAGCAUCUGGCAGCAAAACUGCGCCGUGCCACGCUGGGCUCCUUUCCUCAAGAGACGCUGGUGGCUGAGGGGUCAAAGCCCUGGCCAUGGUGUGUGGGCUGUGCCAACCCCAUGGCAGAGGCUGAGCCUGGUGAUGUCGAGCAUCUGCCUGAUGCAGGCAGCAUCAUGGCAUUCGACUUAACUGUUUCUACUUGUACGAAAUAAUGGCACAUCCCUGCUUUUGUGGUAUGGGUUUUUUUUGUUUGUUUUUCCCCUUGUGGCUGGACUCCAGGAAGGAAACAGCACAGCACUGGCUUCUUGUUUCUCAGAGUUAUUCCUUGCUUGUACCUUCACAAACAAAAAAAGGAACCUCCAGCUCAAGGCUCUGGCACUCUAAUGGCCUGAGACUAAACAUAGGCUGGGCUAAAUAUAGAUGGGGGUGAUGGUCUCUGUCCUUGGAAGAGGAAAAAGGCUGCUGUACAAGUCCUAUGAGCUGCAUUUUCUCAGUGAAGUUGGUUAGUAGGGAGAAGGCAGAGCACUGAGCCAAGUGAUGGGACUCAAAUAGCAGGGCCGUGCCUGACCUCUGAGGAUGGCUCUGCUCCCCUUUCAUCCCCAGUCAUGCCUCACUCAUGCCAGACACCUACCUGCCUCUGAGCUGCCUGAAACUGCUGCAGAAAAUACUCCCUUCCCCCCAGAUCACCACUUGGGCAGCCUCUGGCAGGUAGAAAAGGCAGUAUCAUUUACCCAAGGGCCACAGGAAGCACUGUGGUUCUGCUGGGGCAUCCUAAGGGCACCCUGCCUUCUCAUCUCAUUCCUCCUCCCUCAGAUUUAGAUCUGACUCUUUCACUUUGAAAACUCAAGGUCUGUUUGCAGUGGCAGAGAUCUCAGUUUAUGUAGCCUUGGGAAUCUGUGACUGGUUUUGUGGCAGCUGUGAUCUUCUCUGAGUGAUGACAUUGUGCCUAAUUGUUGGACAACUUCUUACCUGUGCUCUUGUAGUCCCAGAACUCUAGUGAUAGACACAAUGAGGACUACAAGAUUUUAAAAUGUAAAGCUAUUUCUACUGAGUUCUUUUUGUAUUUUUAUAAGUAUUUUUUUUUGUUUGUACUUACUAUAAUGUCAAAUGCUGGGAACCAUGAAUAUAAGGCAUAUACAGUAUUUAUAGCCUCUUUAUGUAGAAAUAAAUGUAAUAUAUUAAAAUAUAAAUAUAUAUUAUAUAACAGAUAUUGUACUAUUCACAUUUUGUAUAGGUGUUCUGCAACAUUGCAAAGGUCACAAAAUUUUUUAAUAGCUAGAACUUUUCACUUUAUUAACAGGGACUGGGAAUUUAGAGCUGGGGGCUACAAGUAGGUUUGUUUUCUUUUGUUAUAACUUUUCUAUUGACAGGGAAGAUUUUAAAGUUCUACUUGUUUCAAGUCUACAAACGUGUAGUAGCAUGUGUAGUGAAGAAACUUCAGUGAUUUUUAGCAGUUGGCAAUAAAUACUUUUAGAGAAAUGGCCAGAGGAAGAGACUGCUUGUACAAGCUGAAUCUCCUCUGAAAGAGUUUAUUAUGUUAAUUGGGAGAUGGUUGAUCUAAUUGUAUUGUGGCUUUUGCCUGAGGAGUGGCAUUUUUGCUUAAAGCCUUAUUCUCUUUUCCCACUUUUGUUUCUCCUAGCUCACUUCCCACAGACUAAAUGUUUUCCCUGCUCUUGUGCAGUGAAGUCUUCCUUUAUUUUAAAUCUGUGCUUAAAGUUCCUACCUUUUCACUCUGUUGUCCAAUUUUUGACUUUUUCUUCUGCACUGUGCAGGCUUUUGUUCUCAGGGAAAGGCUGUCCACUGCUAGGGGCAUAACAGCUUAUGCUAAAAUACAGUGCAAGGGAAGUUAAGCUGCAAACUGUAAACUUUAAUUCAGCUUCUCUUUAUUGCAGUUUGAAAUGAGACAGGCUAGUAUAGUAGCAUAGUGAGAACAUUUGUCUGGGCAGUGAGAGAUGUCACUGCUAAAUUCUUCUCAGGCUGAACGUGGGACUAUCGCCUUCUACACAUUAUGUGCGUUACCCAAAUACAAGGCUAUGGGAUGUCAGGUUGUAAAUGUUUCUCCAUUGCUCCCCCUAAAUCUAAAGCAUUUUACAGCCAGGAAAUCGGGAAUGGGGAGGUCAGAUAGGAAAAAAGAGAGAGGCUUCCUAGAUCAUGUGUAAGGGCUUCUAGGAAGGGCUUGUAUUUUCAUGUAUCUAUUUGACAUUUGCCUUGCUUCCCAGGCAAGAGUCUAGCCAGCAGAGUAUGCUCAACAAACAAUGCUACAUCCUUUAACAUCCCCCUCUGCAAUAUUUUUAAUAUCUUUAAUGAAAGGGCUCUUCUAUGUAUUAUUACACAAUGGACAUAAAAUAUUGACACUAACACAACAGUGUCAGCUGAUGGACCAUAUGUUGGAGAGUCCUGACACUGACCACUGAGUUGAAGAUGGAGGUGUGCCACUGAUAUCCAUCUGCCCUAGACCUUCAUUCCUCAAGGUUUGGGAUGUUCAAUUUAGACAUCUCAUUUUUCAGUUUUUUCCCUCUCCAGCCCAGUGUAACACAUGAUAUGUGCCACAUACACACAGUCAGAUGCUUCCCUGUGUGUUCACAGAACCUCUAAAACAGCCUCCCACCACAAUGCAGACUAAUGAAAUUUCAAGAUAUAGCCAUGUCAGUUACUAAGUUCACACUUACAAUCUUUGUCAGACAGUUAAACUCUCUUCUGGCUCCAAAUAGCUUUAAAUAUGCCUGGAAAAUAUUGCAACUAGCACACACCUGCUUUAGGAAAGGAAAUUAGUUUCUAAAAAAAAAAAAAAUCAACCCAAACCAUAUAUUCACUGUCAGAAGCAAGCAAAGGUUCUAUAAAUGUGUUUAUAUAUUUGGCAUCCAGUAACACAAUUAUUUUCUUAAACCAUGGCCAUUUCAUCCUUUAAAACACCUGGACUUUUUGUUGUAUUCUGAGUACAGCGCAUUCAGCUAAACCCUAGUUAUGCCACAUCUGUCUUUGAGAUGCUUUAAAUUCCGAAAAGGGUAUUUUCAAUGAAACAACAGACAUAUAAUGCACAGAUUUGCAAAUGCCUUGCAAACCAGUCCCAGCUUUAUCUCUAUCCUGCAGCCAUGCAGCAAAGCAUCAACAUUCAGAUCAACAUCCUUGUCCAUGAAAUUCAGCCUGGAUCUGAGCCUAGUGAGCUACAAUAAAUAGAAGGGACACUUAUAAAAUUAUGUAUCCAAACAUAUCACUGUGAGCAGCUGGGUUGGAGUGAGGAGAAGCGGUGAUGGGAUUGACUCGUUCAGAGGAACUGCCAGAGUGAGUGUAAUUGUUGGGAGGUUAGGAUGUGGGGAAUCAAGCACAGCCAUGCCAAAAACAGGCACUUUCAGGGCUUGGAGAUGGCUCAUGUCAGCUCUUAUCAAUGUGAACACAGCCCACCUGAAGAAUGCAGAGGUGUUCAAGCAUGGUAGGUAGGUCCUUCUCCCUGCAAGAGAUACUGUAAAAUCAUUUGCACAGAAAUGUCUUGGCAAAUCCAGUCCUUGCUUCAGCUUUUCUUAUUAAUCUCUGAUUGCAAACAAGUGCAUUUCAAGUGAAAAUAAAAUUGUUAGGAUGAUACUCCAUGUAUU